AUGCCUUCCAUCAACAAGUCCAUUCUCAUCUUGGCUGCUCUUCAAGCCGUCAGCAUUGUUGCGAUCCCCAUUCCUCAGCUUGCUGGUGAAGGCAAUGCUUGUAGCUCCCUCUUGAGCAGCACCGACAAUGGCGUCGGUUACGGUGUUGAGAAUGCCCUUGACAACACCGCGAACCUCAUUAGCAGUGUCAGUCGUCGUCAGUUGGCUGGUGAGGGCAAUGCUUGCUCUUCCAUCCUUAGCAGCACCGACAAUGGCAUUGGUUAUGGUGUCAAGAACGCUGAGGACAACACAGCCGCUCUGAUUAGUGGCUCCUCUUCGGGAACUACCACCAACACUGGUGGAAGCGGCGCUGCACCUGCUCCCGCUCCCGCACCCAAGGGUCCACCUAAGCCCAAGCGUCAACUCGACAAGAUCGCCAACGGAGCCGCCGACGUCCUCAACGCAGCUCACCUCGGCCCCGUCGCCGACAUCGAGAAGAAUGUCGGUGACAGUGUUGAUGGCCAACUCACCGAUGGUGCUUCUCAGGCUGGUGCCCAGAUCGGCAACUCUGAAGAGCAAACUCUCGAAAGCAUUGGCAAGGCCAUCCCCAAAAUUAAGCGUCAGGGCGACAAGAUCGCCAAUGGACUCGCCAAUGUUUUGUCUGCUGCCAAGUUGAACGAUCUUGCCGAUAUAGAGAAGAGCAACGGAGAUACUCUCGAUGGUCAACUGACUGAUGAUGCCACCAACGCUGGGGCCCAGAUUGGCGCCUACGAGGAGAAGACUCUUGAAAAUGCUGGAAAGGCUAUCCCCUAG